AGUUCGGUCAACGUCAUGAUACUUUUCGUGCUGUUACUGAAAGAGACUUUCCAAGAAUUAAAGGUGUCUAAUGUCAGUUUUCUUGUAAUUUUGCAAAAAUACAGAAUUUCAGAGGUUUAGAUGUUCACUAAUGUACAUAUGAAACACAGAACAGCUUCUCAGGCUGAACACAGAUAAAAUUCUACUGUUUUUAGAGCCUCAGAAGUUGGUGAAAUGCCGACUACAGAUUAUUUAGUAGGAAAUAUGAAUAUAUCCAUAUAUGUACACUUACAGGAAGUUUCUGGGGCCAUAAUACCAGUCUUCAUUAAACAUUUUGCACUUUUUUUCCAUUUUCACACGCCAGUCAUUAAAAAUGGGUCCUUAGCUGGAGCCAUUUCAACAUUUGGAACAACUAGAAACAUUUUUUUUCUGUUUUUUUACCAAAUUUCAUGACUCUAGGAGUUUUAUUUCUGGAGAUAUUGAGCACUUGAAAUGGUUUCUCUGCUAAUAUGUUCUUUUGACAGUAAAAAUACUAAUUUCCAGGUCUGCAAACAAGAAAUUCUCCCAAAAAACAAACAAACAGACAAACAUCACUAUUUGGACAAAACAGCAAAAAUCUGGAACCUUGUCUUGUUAAAUUUUCCACACAUCAAAUUCUACUGAUUUUAGAGCCUCGAAGGUUUGAGGAAUGUUGACCAAAGUCUGUAUUUUUAGUAGAAAUAUGGAUCCAUAAAUAUAUAUACUUACAGGAACUUUCUGGGACCCCAAUGCCAGUCUUAGUUUGAACAUUUAGCCUUUUUUUUCCAUUUUCAAGAACCAAAAAUUGACAGUUUGUCCUCUGCUGGAGCCGUUUAAUCAUUUGGAUCACCUGGAAACAGUUUUGUAGGUGUCCUUACCAAAUUUCAUGACUCUGGGAGUUUUAUUUCUGGAGAUAUUGAAGCUUUUAAAUGGUUCCUCUACUGAACCGAUCAAUCAGCAUUUAGUCAAAACAGGAAGCUGUGCACACAUUAAAUUCUACUGAUGUUAGAGCCUCAAAAGUUGGAGGAAUGUUGACCAAAGACUGUAUUUUUGUGCAUAUUAACAAGUCCAAUUAUUCAAACUGUUUGCUCUGCUGGAACCAUUUAGAUUUUCUGGGAAUAAUGUUGUCUGUGUUCUCACCGGAUUAAUGAGCAUUGGAGUUUUAUUUCUGGAGAUACUGAAGCCUUAAAAUGGUUCACCAGGUCAGAUGGGUUUGUGAGAGUAAAAGUAAACACCAGAAAAGUGCAUAUUUUAAAUAAUGUGGAAAAACUAGUAGGUAAUCAAUUUAAAGACUUAGAUUGUUUAGAAAUGAGCUAAUUCUAGUAACUAGUGCAUUCCUUUUGCAUUUUAACUCCGAUUAUUUUUGGUUUUGGUCAAAUAAAUGAAUUAAAUCCACUCAUAAAUCUCUGAAAGUUGCAUUGAAAUGUGAAAUCUGCUUUUGCUUUGUUGCAGUUUUCUCUUUAAUGGUUCCUCCGGUGAGACUUUGAGACAAACUUAGUGUCUAAAAAUGAAAAGAAGUAAAAGUUUCUUCACAUUUCGGCUCAGAAAUGCAGCAGGAAAGACUUCGUUUGAGUCCAACUGUCUUCAGGUGCGUCGACUCGUCUCCCAGCUGAACUGGGUUUUUUUUAAAGCAGCAGAACCAAAGCAGAGGAACAGUUUUAGAUCAAGCUGCUGCUGCUGGAGAUGCAUUUAGAUGUUCUGUGGAGCUUCAGCAGCAAAUAUGUUUGCUUGAGUUGUCUGGCUUCCAGUUAGUUGGUUUUAUUUUUAGUUGUUUUUCAGGUUUCUUUGAGAGUAGGACCAACCUACAUGUGUUUUAUUCUCUGAGAGGUUUUUAUUGGUCUGACUUGGAGGCAUGAAGGAGGAGAUUGCUGCUGCCGUGUUCUUCGUGGCUCGGCUGGUCAAGAGAUAUGGCGUUCUGGAAAACGACAGCAGAGAGCGAUUCGCCGCCAGCCUCACCUCCGUUCUGUUCGAGAACUACAAGAACCACUGGAACCCGAGUGCCCCGACCAGAGGACAGGCCUACAGAUGUCUGCGUAUGAACCGAGUCCAGCUGCAGGACCCGGUUCUGCUGGAGGCCUGUGAGCGCAGCAACGUGCGCUACGAGGACCUGGGCCUCCCCCAGGAGCUGACGCUGUGGGUUGACCCGGGAGAGGUGUCCUGCAGGUACGGUGAACGCAGCGCUCCGUUCUGCGUUUCAGCGGUAGACCGGCGUGACGGCGGCGAGUUUUCCCGCCGUAUCCAUGAUGCCGUGGAGCGGGCGAGCUUUGACGUCCAAUCAGGAAGCUCUUCGGAUGAGGAGGAAGUGGGCGGAGACAACAGCAUGAACAGCAGCAGCAGCAUCCAAUCAGCUCCCUGCUCCGCUCCAAACCCACCAACCACCGAACCCAAAACCAUCCCGACGGUCAGCAACCCCAACAGUGUCUACAGGUUCAGUGAGUUUUCUCCAGGGGCUCCUCAGACAUGGCUCAGGGACAAACGGAAGCUGUUUUCUGGGGAAGCGUUGGUUCCUCACCCUGCUGCUCCUGGAGCUCCGAGCUCCCAGAAAGUGUUCAAGUCGUACCGAGCGACAUUCUCCUUCAGCGGGCCUCGAGUGGACAAAUACCACUGGGUCAGCAAGUCCCGGUCCUAGAACCCAGGACCAGAGACGUUCUAUUAAUUCUGCUUUUAAACUCGGAAAUACUGCACCUUUUUAAGUCAGUUUUUGCUCUAAAUGUGUUUUUUAAAUUAAAGUGUAAAUAAAGUGACAUUGUACAGUGAUUGAAAAGAAAUAAAUGUGUCCAUUUCA